AUGGCGUUCGCAAUUGCUCGCAAGUCCGCCACGGUCGCGUUGCUCGUCUGGCUGUGUCAUGCAGCCCAAGGCAAGCGGAUGUCCAUGCAAUCUCUGACGACCUUCCUCAAAGCUCGGGAGGUCUCCACGACUCCGGACCCGUAUAGAAUUGCGGGAAACGCAGCUGUAGAAGAGAAUGCCGCCGACGUGCCCAUGGACCACACUACGGCUAUCACCUAUGUCCUCUCCUUCUGCGUCAUUCUCGCUGCCAUCUGUGUAAUCUUUGCGAUCACGGUGCUCAUAAGGUAUCGCAAGCGUCGACGCGCACAGGGACCCGAGAAAGUUGACGGCGGCGCAAACUGGGAGAAGAUCGGCACUCAAGAGUUGCAAGGCGCUAGAGACCGCUUCAAGCGGAUGGGCCUCUUCCACCCGUCCACAGCGUGUCUCCGGCAGCUCGAUGCUCGCCUGCCUUGUCGCUGCCCACUGUGUAUUGCUGCUGAGGAAGCUACGGUACCCGACCUCGACUCUCGAGCAAAUACACGACCGACGGAAACUGUGACCUCGCCCCCGGACUCUGGACGGGCCGGCACCUUCCCUCGUCGCCCGCGCAACAAUGAGAACGCUUUCGCUGGCCUCGUUCGCACCCGCCCUGCGCAACCGGUCUCUCCGCACGAACACGAGUGGACGCUCUUCCAUGGCUCGUCGCCUGCGCUCGCUGGCUCUGGUUCUAUGCCUAUCCGCGCAGGUCCGGAGCUCACCCCCAUCGAACCUGCUCGGCUCUCGCAGAUGUCCCCGCUCUCUAGCCUGAGAUCGUCUCUCAUUCACGGGCUCGAACGGCCUCCUCUCCUCUCGGACGACUCGGGCUUGUCCACCAUCAAGGUUGUCAACACGCCGAAGGGCGAGGACGUCAAGGGAAGCCCGCUCGCAGAGGGAACCUCAAUGACUGUGGAGACGUUCACGGCUUUCAAGCUCAUCCCCGAGAUGGACCUCUCGAACAAGAAUGCGUGGAUCUCGGACGCUGAUUGGGUCUUGGCGAAUGAACCCGUUGCGCAACCGCUUGCUGAGGUAGACCUCCAGGAGCCUUGCUGCGCCUCAGUCGCGAAGACGGUGGCUCGGCCUCCUCUGGCAAAGGUUGAGCGUUGA